AUCAAACGGUAAAUUCUGGCGGCGCCAAGCAGGCAUUGACUCCAAUUUCGCAUCGAUUUCGAGAUUGUCCACGUUUGCCACAGCACAGUUCUAUCGGCACAUUCAGCGUGCUAACACGCUCGACAAAUUCUCGUGCUCGCCUUUCGUAAGGGACCGAUCAAAAUUGUAUAAAAUUUCAGUGAAGUGAAUUUCAAGCCUAAAAAGCGAGCACACGCACUCAAAAGGGCGAAGUUCCAUACAUUUCAUCGCAGCAGCAACAUCAACUUUUAAAGGGAAACUCAAAACUCGAAAAAAUGAGUAAGGCGGAUUCUAACUCGCGACAGGGCUCGUACAAGGCCAACACCAUCAACACGCAGGACUCGCGCAUGCGCCGCCAUGAGGUGACCAUCGAGCUGCGCAAGUCCAAAAAGGAGGACCAGAUGUUCAAGCGACGCAACAUCAACGACGAGGACCUCACAUCGCCGCUCAAAGAGCUCAAUGGCCAGUCGCCGGUGCAGCUGUCCGUGGACGAGAUAGUGGCGGCCAUGAACAGCGAGGAUCAGGAGCGCCAGUUCCUGGGCAUGCAGUCUGCCCGCAAGAUGCUCAGUCGGGAGCGCAAUCCGCCCAUCGACCUGAUGAUCGGCCAUGGAAUUGUGCCCAUUUGCAUACGCUUCCUGCAGAAUACCAACAACUCAAUGCUGCAGUUCGAGGCCGCAUGGGCGCUUACCAACAUCGCCUCCGGCACCUCUGACCAAACGCGCUGCGUUAUCGAACACAAUGCUGUGCCGCAUUUCGUGGCUCUGCUCCAGUCCAAGUCCACCAACCUGGCCGAGCAGGCCGUGUGGGCUCUGGGCAACAUUGCCGGCGACGGAGCCGCCGCCCGCGACAUUGUCAUCCACCACAACGUAAUUGACGGAAUCUUGCCUCUGAUCAACAAUGAGACGCCGCUCUCUUUUCUGCGCAACAUCGUCUGGCUGAUGUCUAACCUGUGCAGGAACAAGAAUCCCUCGCCGCCAUUCGAACAGGUGAAGCGGCUGUUGCCCGUCCUGUCGCAGCUUCUGUUUAGUCAGGACAUCCAAGUGCUGGCCGACGCCUGCUGGGCUUUGUCCUACGUUACAGACGACGAUAACAGCAAGAUUCAGGCAGUGGUCGACUCGCAAGCAGUGCCACGUCUGGUCAAACUAUUGCAAAUGGACGAGCCAAGCAUUAUUGUGCCCGCCCUGCGCAGCGUUGGCAACAUUGUGACCGGCACAGAUCAACAGACUGAUGUUGUAAUUGCAUCUGGAGCAUUACCUUUGCUGGGACUUCUUCUGCAGCACAAAAAGAGUAACAUUGUCAAGGAAGCUGCCUGGACGAUCAGCAACAUCACGGCAGGUAACCAGAAGCAGAUCCAAGCGGUGGAAGAUGCCGGAAUCUUCCACCAGCUGCGCCAUGUGCUGGAGAAAGGAGAUUUUAAGGCACAGAAAGAGGCAGCCUGGGCGGUGACUAACACCACGACGUCUGGCACUCCUGAACAGAUCGUGGAUCUAAUUGAGAAGUACCAUAUAUUGAAGCCGUUUAUCGAUCUGCUGGACGCAAAGGAUCCGCGUACUAUCAAGGUGGUGCAGACGGGCCUAUCCAACUUUUUCAGCCUGGCGGAGAAAUUUAAUGGCAUCGAGAAUCUAUGCUUGAUGGUCGAGGAAAUGGGCGGUCUAGAUAAGCUGGAAACACUGCAGCAGCACGAAAACGAGGAGGUCUACAAGAAGGCCUACGCCAUCAUCGAUACUUACUUCAGCAACGCCGACGACGAGGCCGAGCAAGAACUUGCGCCUCAGGAGGUCAACGGAGCCCUCGAGUUCAAUGCCACCCAGCCGAAAGCUCCUGAGGGUGGCUACACGUUCUAGACUAAUCGCCCACCACAUAUUCCAAACGCCGCUCACACGCCUUACAAACUACACCAACUCGUUAGACCUUCGACCGCGCUCACACGUUAUUUUGUUGUCACAAACUAUGCCAUUGUCAAACAUUCGCAUCAACACAUCCCACAAACAUUCCCAAACACUUGGAGGUAUGCAUGGAAACACAUGCGAAUGCAUUAGCUUAAAUCAUAAUUGAAUCGGGUUGGCAAAGACCACCCAUUCCCCAUCUAC